GGCGGGGCCCACGGUGAUUGGGCGCGGGUACAGAGUCGCGGGCCCUGCGCUGGGCUGCAGCGGCGCGCAAGUUUCACUUCGCUCUGGCAGCCUGCGAGUUUGGAGCACGUCUGACCGCUUACGCCAGCGUCGCCUCCACUGCCGCCGACAAGUCCUCGCAGACGCUCGGCGCUCCUUGUCCACUGGAGCCAGCAUCGCCUUGGGUUGCUAGGUUCGUCCCGCUCCCGCCGCCGCCACCUCGGCGACUUCCCCUGGCCCGUGCUCCCCCAAUGUCUAAUUCUGACUCUCGGACUGAGAAACGCAAGAAAAAAAGACCAAAUGGCAAAGGAACCUUCCGAUGUAAGUUCUGAGUGUGGGAGAGAAGGUGGACAAUUACAGCCUGCGGAGGGGCCUCCUCAGCUCAGGCCUGGGGCUCCCACUUCUGUACAUAUUGAGACACAAGGUAAUCCUGAAGGCGAAGGGGACCGCUGCCCCCACGGCAGCCCUCAGGGCCCGCUGGCCCCACCGGCCAGUCCCGGGCCUUUUGCUACCAGAUCCCCGCUUUUCAUCUUUGUGAGAAGAUCCUCCCUGCUGUCUCGAUCCUCCAGCGGGUAUUUCUCUUUUGACACAGACAGGAGCCCAGCACCCAUGAGCUGCAACAAAUCAACUCAAACCCCGAGCCCUCCUUGCCAGGCCUUCAACCAUUAUCUCAAUGCAAUGGCCUCCAUGCGGCAGUCUCAGGCCCUCCCUGCAGACCUGCGCCCAGAGAUGUGGAUUGCACAGGAGCUGCGGCGGAUCGGGGACGAAUUCAACGCCUAUUAUCCACGGCGGGUCUUUCUGAAUAAUUACCAAGCAGCAGAAGCCCAUCCUCAAAUGGUUAUCUUACGGCUGCUGCGGUACAUCCUCCGUCUGGUGUGGAGGAUGCAGUGACGACGGGUUCCCCGUGGAGUGGAGCCGAGAGGCACGCAGACAUUCCACUCGUUCAAGUCGACAAGCCCAGCGCCGCGGCCUCCUGGUGCCGCUGCUGCGCGGCCAGCUGUUGUUCCCCGGAGGGGCCAGUGUGUCCUGACACGCGGAGCUGCGUGCGGGCUUGACCUUGCCGUGAAUGUAAAUGAAGAUGGAUUCUCUUUUUAGAAAAUGUACAAAUCAUGGUUCUCUGGAGCAGGAUUUUAUGCGAGAAUGAUGUAAGAACGGUUUUUCAAAACGGAAAUGGAAAUUUUUAACCAAGUCAUGAAUGAUUUUUGUACUAACAAUUUAAGAACCUGUUGCCUAUUCUCAGAGGAUUAUGUAAACUCUGCAGUGGAAACUGAGCCAGCUAAUUUCUAAAGCUGCCUUAGUUUAUUUUUAGAGGCUACUGUACAGAAUUUUUAAACAUGAGAGGUGUGUGUGAUAUGGCCACUCCCUCCCUGCCAUUGCCGCUCACCUUUUUUUAACCGUUAUUACCAAAAAAAUUCUUAGAAAAUGAAAAUGAUUAAGGGGCAGAGAGUCUUUUGUCAGCCUGUACUCACGUGGUAUGUGCCACUCCCAUUUUGUAAAUAUUUACUUACCUCCUUAAACUCAGCUUAUCUGGCAAAAUUUCAGCCUCUUUUUGCGUGUUUUUCCUUAUCUCAUUUUGUGAUGCUCCUCUCGUCUGUCUUGGGCACUGAUGCACAUGUCUGGUCCAGUGCGUGUUCAUGAUAAAGUGUAACUGCUCACAACGUGACUUAGCAUCUGCCUGUGUCAUCCACAGCUCAGUCGGCCUGGUGGUAGCUCACUACCUGGGAAGGGACGCGGUGCCGGUUUUCAUGUGGUUAGGUGGACUUGUGUGUUACAAGUGUUCUGAAGAGGUCAUAGUGGUAAUAAUGCAGAAACAGUAUUAGGGCCCUUGGCACUGUUGGCUUUUCUGGUCGCAGGCUUUCCCCUCAUCACAGGAGGUUAAUCUCAGCAUGAGGUGCCAGUUGCAGUCAUGCCCACCUGUAGCUGCAUUUGGCUGCAGGUACCCAAAGUGGAGUCCUUGUGGGAGUUCGCACGGGCUGUGGACGGGGCCUUAAACAGCUGUUUCCUGGGCAUAUACCGGCUUUUCAUCCAGCUCAGAGUUGAUCUGACCUUUGAUGCCCACCACUCGGUUCCCACUGUUCUACAUCCACUUUGAAACACAGACUUAAUUCUCUUUUUGAGCAGUGUCAUCAGAAUUCUCUCGGGCAUAAGUCUGAAGUGGCCCCUUCUGGCAGAUGUCUACUCAUUCAUUUCUCUUGGGACAGCUGGGGUUGUGAGGCCUCCUUCUGUGCGUACACUUCUUCCUGCACGCUGGCCUGUGAGGAUUACAGUGAGUUGGGGCCCACGAGCUGGUCAGUCAUUUGACAGGCAGUUAACCAACCUAACCAACUGGGGAGAAAGCAGGGAAGGGAGGGAGGGGAGAGAGAGGGAGGGAAUAAAAGGAGUCAGGGAGGUGAGGAAGGAAGGUGCAGAUCAUUCUGUGAACCCUGUGACUCCUACAGUUUUUGAAACCUCAGAUCAUGAAACAGCUUUUUAAAAAAGAUAAAUGAUUUUUCAAAUGAGUCAGCAGUGCCAACAACCAAUGUGUUUGCUUUUGGCCCAUUGAGGACCAGUAUUUCAUAUUAUUGAGUGAAGAAAUUCAUUCAUGUGUAUCUUCAUAGUUUUAUAUAAAUAUAUAUAUGUAUAUAUGUGUGUGUAUAUAUAUUUUUUGCAUAUACAUUUCUUCCUUUAGGUAGAGAUAUUUGAUCUCAAAUAUCCUUACUUUUUAAAAAAAAUUUCCCCCAAAUACCUUCUUGGGGCCUUGAAUAUUUUAAAAACUGUGUUGAGUCUCAGCUUGUGUUCUGGAACCCCCUCGCUGGGUCCUGAAGGCCACACGGUUGUGAGGUUGCGGUAGGGCUGCGGCCCUGGGCCUGCCAGAAGUACACACCAAAGACACAUUUGGUUCUGGGCCCAUCCCCUCCCAGGACCUCUGUACUCAUGUGCUCAUGUGCCAGUCUCUGACUGGAGCACUUUACCAUUUCUGGGAGCGCAGGAUGAAGCCCGGUGCCGAGGGUUUGCUGCUGGCCCCGGCUGACCUCUGGCUUGGCGGUGGGCCGUGGACGCAGCUUGUGAGGAAGUAAGAUUCUGUGACUUGCAGUAAGUAGUUACGAACAGGACGUUGCACCAGGACUUGAGAGAUGAUUGGAUGUCUCUGUACUGUAUGUAUCUGUUUAUCAAGAUGCCUCCUGCAGAAAGUAUACCUAUUGUGGUAUGCCUUUUUCUUUUUGUUUUUGAUUUCUUUCAUUUCUUUGUAGAAAAAAUAACUAGCUCCCUUUUUUAAAACUUAUGAAAUGCGGGUUUUGUGCCUUGACCACCUCUUCUCAUAUGAGGUUUGUAGAAAGUGUCCUGUGAUUAUCACAGAAAUGCAAUAAACUCACCCAAAAUAAUUUCAUGAGUGAUUCUUCAAGUUACCUGUACUCCUGCCUAUAUAUCAGUUUAUGAAGAAUUUUUUUUUUGGUUGUGGAGAAACCAAGUGAAAAUUCCUUCUGAUUUUAAAAAAAUGUACACAGUCAAACCUUCUCCUGUUUCCUCUUCUUAAUAUUGUACAUAUUUCAACUAUUUAUUAGAUUAGGAGAUCGUAUUUUACUUAUCAACUGAGCCAAAUGUCUGUGUGCAAUUGUGUUUCCUUUACCUUUCUUGUAAAUUUUUGUACAGCAUAAAUUAGCAAAAACAAAAAAUCACUGUUUUUACUAAACUUUUUCGGAACUAAGGAUUGUAAAUAUUGUAGAUUCUUUUUCUGUGUAAUGUGUCCUACUGGUCCAUAGUGCUGUAACUUGUAGAAAUAUUGUCUAUUUAUUUCCUUGCUUAUUUAAUGUCUUAAGUUCUGGAAAGUGUUGACCUCCCUGACGUACCCCACCGCCUGUUCAUUGCGUUAACUCUGCGGUGGUGGCUGGUCAGCUCACUUCAGGCCACACGGUCUUCCCAGGGUGGCCCUCCAGCUUUGGCUCCUGGUAUUUCUGGUCAGAUGAGUUUAAAUUCUUGAGGUUUGCUCUCCUUUGAUGAAGCUCAUGUUUAGACACCAAUGAAAAACCAUGAAUCUGGCAGGCUACAAAAUUCUCCAAGAAACACCCAGUGACUGUUUGCUCCAAAACAGCUAGCUUCUCAUGGAAGCAAAAUCUAUUAACUCCAAGCAUGGUCUUUAAAAAAAAAGUGUUAUUGGCAGUUGGGACAGAUUUUUCUUUGAAAAUUUAUACCUGGCAGCUCAGCAUUCAGAGGGCAGGGGGCAGGUGGGAGGGGUGGUUCUGCUUCCAGAGUGACUUCAGGACCCCUCAUGCCAUUAACCCCGUGUUGACGGCUGGUGAGCUGCAUUUCCCCACUGCUGUGUGGCUUCCUAUGCUUUGAGGUAUGGACUCAAUUGUGUUCAGGAGCUAAUUGUACAGGCCCCCCAGCUCUGAACCAUUUGGUCCUUCAUUUGAUUGGUCUGAUUCUUCAGGUUGAUGUUUUUCUGCUUCAAGAGAGGUUGGGGGCCCCACUGGGGUGGGUGGUAAGAUAAGGAAGUUUUAGAGAGACUUUCUCAUGGUUCGGUGUAGUUGGUUUGUCAUCCCUGCUGAUUUAGCCUGGUGCCCGUGUGUGUUUACUUCACACACACAUGUGUGCAGGGGUGUGUUCACACAUGAUGCUAAACCAGCUGGGGUAGCUUCUCUUCUACUCCAACAGCAUGGCUUGCAAGAAGCAUCUUCAACCUCCCAGCAAAGUAACUUGACUACUUGUAUUGGGCAGUUCCAGACUUUAGAAGCUCUUCCAAGCUCUAUGUCCAGGCCCCGUGACCACGAGUUACUGGACCCAGACUCAUCAGGUACUCCUGUAUAAA